AGCUUCACUGUCAGCAUGGAAAAUACCCAGUAAACAAUCUGUACGCAGACUGACGUCAGAGUGGCGACAGAUUCGAGCAGGCACUGUUGACAGAUCCGUAGACAUUUGUGUCCGCGCACGGCUUGUGAAUUGUCUCGACAAAGCCUGUGUACGGUCGCGGAAUAAAAGAUAUAGUAAGAAUAGACUGCGUGUGAAGGCCAAAACUUGAAGAUCAAGUAGAAAGAGACGAACAAUAGGUGCCGAGUAUCUUUCUCUCUCACACAAGGAAAGGAGUGGGGAAAGAGUGGGGAGCGAAAAAGAGUAGUAAAACAGCUGUAUGCGGUUGAAAAGAGGUGCGUAGUCGGUUCCCAGUUUAUUUGCUGCACGAUUUAGAAGAUGCUCUGUUUUAUAAAGUUAGUAUCAACGUAUUGUUACGCGCUUAAUUUCCCUGCGAUCACAAGCGCAUGUCGGUCAUAGCAGGAUUAAGGGUAGCGUGAAGUUAAUCGAAUCCGUCGACGCACCAUAGCAUAUACAUAUUCACGGAGAAAACAAGGAAUAAAAUAAUUUAAAAAAUGGUUACUACGUGCUAUAUUUGUGGUGUGGAAGAAAACCCUCUUUAUCCACGAUCAUUUCAUAAAAUCCCAAAAAAUGAAGAAAUGCAAAAAAAAUGGUUUCACGUUAUUGGCCGUGAUGUAUUUUACAAAGGAGCAAAAAUAUGCAGUGACCACUUUACAAAAAAUGACUAUCAUGAAAUGAAUGAAUAUAAACAAAAUAAAAUAUUGAGAAAGACUGCAGUUCCAUUAAUUUUCGCGGAAGAAAAUUGUAAACAUGUGGAGGAGGAUACAGAUACCAAUUUAAGCACAGAUAUAAAUACAAAUACAGCAGAAAAUAAUGACAUAGACAAUGAAAGAAAUAGUGAAAAUACGAGUAAGAAUUCCAUUACGGACACAGAUGCAGAUAUACAUACACAUGUAGCAGAAGAUGUUAAUAACAUAAAUAUCCAUAGCAACCACAGUAAUAAUCACAUUAGAAAAAGGAAAUUGUCGCAAGAGAAUUUUAGAAACUCAAAAAUUAAAAAAAUAUUUGUAAACACUUCUAAACAUGCUACAAAAUGCUUCCGUAAAACAGAUUUUGUGUCUGAUGCAAAAUGGGAGCAGUUUGUAAGAUAUGUAUCAUAUAUUCGAAAUGAAACAAAAAAUAUGUGGCAAAAGAAACACCGUAUGCAGAAGAAAGUUUUAACUUAUAAAGAUUUGCUUCAGGACCUGAAAAGUAAAAACUUUAUAACAAAUAAUGGUAUACAUGCAAUCAAAGUCCAUGAUAAUGAAGCAAAUGGUAGAACAAUACUUGAUUUCUACAUCAUGUUAAAUUAUGGUAUAACAAAUGUUGUGCGUAUACAUAUACCCUCUCAAUCUACAAAUCUACAAAUGCACUAAUGAUGUUAUAUCUUCGUUCUAAAUAAGUUAUUAUGUAUAUGUCUAUGCGUACUAUGCAAAUAAGCAAAUUUGUUAAAUAACAUUUUAAGUAUUCUCCAUGAAAAAGCAAUUUACGUUGUUAGUAUUACAUUUGAUGGAGCAACUUCUAAUAUUGCAAUGUGCGAGAUACUAGGCGCACAGUUAAAACACGUCAAUUUUGAACAUAUUGUUCCGUAUUUUAAGCAUCCUAUUGUACAACCAUUUGUUUCCUUGAUUUCUUCUGUUUUUAUAUCUAUAUUUUGUACUUCCUUUUUCUUUAUUUAAGAUAUAUUGUCACCUAUUAUGCAACAGUUGCUACUUACAAUGUUAAAUAAGAAGCGAAAGAAGUCGUUCCCCGAAAGUUUAAAAAGUUUUGCAUGCACGUUACAUUUUCAUUCGCCUGCAGCAUAUUUGUAUGUAAGAAAAAUGUUUUUAAAAAGUUUACCUCACCCCAGUACACUGCGCAUGUGGACGCAGACAAUUCGUAGUAAUUCGGUAUAUCUGAACAAUCGUUUAAAACUAUACUCGAUAAGGUGCAAAAUGCUAGAGAGAAAGGAAAAAAUUAAGUUUUCAAUAUAACUUUUGAUGAAAUGAAUAUUAAGAAAAAAGUUGAUUGGGACGGCAAAGAAUUACACGGUUUUAUUGAAACGGGUAUUAAAGAUAGUAAGUCUGACAGUCUGCCACUUGCUACCCAUAUCCUUCUUUUUAUGUUAGUGUGCAUAAAUGAUCAUUUUAAAAUCCCAAUUGCAUUUUACGUUAUCGAGGCAUUAAAUGGUAAGGAAAAAGCAAAUUUGUUAAAUAACAUUUUAAGUAUUCUCCAUGAAAAAGCAAUUUACGUUGUUAGUAUUACAUUUGAUGGAGCAACUUCUAAUAUUGCAAUGUGCGAGAUACUAGGCGCACAG